AUGAAGAAGUUUAAUAUUCGUAAGGUGCUGGACGGCUUGACGGCCGUGUCGUCCCCUUCUCCAUCCCCGCAGCUCGGGGCCAAGGAGAACGAGCUCAUCCCGGAGACGCUCCAGUCUGCACACUUCCAGCUCUGCAAGGUGGGGAAGCUUUCAACCUUGAUUUUCCCGAUUCUCUCCUUGACUCAGAACCCUUUCAGAUUCGGCCGACCCGGUGUGGAGUGUUACUGUCAGCACGAGAGCGGAGCAGCCGUCAUCCAGCUACAGUUUCUCAUAAAUGAAGGGGCGCUGGUUAGUGCUUUGGCUGAUGAUAGUAUUCACUUGUGGAACCUGCGACAGAAGAGACCAGCUGUGCUGCACUCACUCAAGUUCAACAAGGAGAGGAUAACGUUCUGUCAUCUGCCCUUCCAAAGUAAAUGGCUGUACAUCGGCUCGGAACGAGGAAACAUCCACAUUGUGAAUGUGGAGUCCUUUACCCUCUCAGGAUAUACCAUCAUGUGGAACAAAGCCAUUGAACUGUCCUCCAAGGCCCACCCCGGCCCAGUCGUUCACAUUAGUGACAAUCCUAUGGAUGAGGGCAAGCUCAUAAUAGGAUUUGAGUCUGGGAUCGUAGUGCUGUGGGAUUUGAAAUCAAAGAGAGCUGACUACCGGUACACUUAUGAUGAGGCGAUUCAUUCUGUGGCUUGGCACCACGAGGGGAAGCAGUUUAUCUGUAGUCACUCAGACGGCACCCUGACCAUAUGGAAUAUAAAGUCCCAAGCCAAGCCCUCACAGACAAUCACGCCACACGGAAAGCAGCCUAAAGAUGGAAAAAAGCCAGAGCCUUGCAAACCCAUUCUUAAAGUAGAGUACAAGACCACACGAGCAGGGGAUCCGUUUAUGAUCUUCUCUGGUGGUUUGUCGUAUGACACCGUUGGUCGACGACCAUGCUUGACAGUAAUGCAUGGAAAGAGCACGGCAGUAUUGGAGAUGGAUUAUCCCAUUGUAGAUUUCCUCACCCUGUGUGAAACACCAUAUCCUAAUGAUUUUCAGGAACCAUAUGCUGUAGUGGUCCUCCUCGAAAAGGAUUUAGUUCUUAUUGACCUUGCACAAAACGGUUACCCUAUCUUUGAAAAUCCGUAUCCCAUGAUGAUUCAUGAGUCUCCUGUGACGUGUUGUGAGUACUUAGCCGAUUGUCCUGUGGACCUCAUACCUGCACUUUACUCUGUCGGGUCUCGCCAGAAACGACAGGGCUACAGCAAAAAGGAAUGGCCUAUCAGUGGCGGAAACUGGGGCUUGGGCACACAAAGCUACCCUGAAAUAAUAAUAACUGGGCAUGCAGAUGGUUCAGUGAAGUUCUGGGAUGCUUCAGCAAUAAUGCUCCAGGUGCUGUACAAGCUGAAGACAGCUAAGGUGUUUGAGAAGGCACGCUGUAAGGAGGAGAAACCCAGCACAGAGAUUGUGGAUGAGGACCCAUUCGCCAUUCAGUUGAUGUCUUGGUGUCCCGAGAGCCGCAUGCUUUGUGUGGCUGGUGUCUCUGCCCAUGUCAUCAUAUACAGGUUCAGCAAACAAGAAAUCACCACAGAGGUUGUGCAGUUAUUGGAGGUCAGGUUACAGUAUGAGCUGAAUGAUCUGGAGUCUCCAGAAGGAGGAGGAGAUCAGACACCAGCUCCUCCCACACCAAGCACCUCCCCCAGUCCACAAACCGCCGCCCCUCAGUCACACACAUCCACUAGCAGCAACUCAUCAGAUGGGAUCCGAGACAAUAUACCCUGCCUCAAGGUGCGCAGCAGUCCUCUGAAGCAGUCUCCAGGGUAUCAGGUGGAGCUGGUGGUACAGCUGGUGUGGGUCAGUGGAGAACCGCCCCAGCAGAUCAGCAGCUUGGCCAUCAACUCCAGCUAUGGCUUGGUGGUGUUUGGCAAUAGCAAUGGUCUGGCAGUAGUGGAUUACUUACAGAAGACUGUUCUGUUGAAUCUGGGAACUGUGGAAUUGUACAGCUCUAAUGAUCCGUAUCAGAGACAACUGCGAUCUCCACGCAAGAGCCGACAGCCUUCUGGAGGGCUUUGUGACAUUAACGAGAGCUCAGCCACCUCAGAGGAUCGCUGCAAAUCCCCCACCUCAGUCUUGAUGUCAAACCAUCAGCAAUUCUACAAUGGAGGAGGGAGAGGAGCUAAGAUGUCACGGAAAUUAAGCUUGCCUACUGAGCUAAAGCCAGACUUGGUCCUACUCUCUGUAUGUCCCCCGCGGGGUUCCAUACCCCUAGACAACAGGGACAACUCCUUCAGCCGCUCACGGAGCUCCAGUGUGACCAGUAUUGACAAGGAAGCACGAGAGGCCGUCACAUCUUUCUAUUUCUGUGAGACGUACAACCGUAAAGUAGAUGGCGGACUUACACCUAGUCUGUGGGUUGGCACGUCCUUGGGCACAGUCUUGGCAAUCUCCCUCAACAUGCCCCCUGCUGGAGAGCAAAGGCUUCUGCAACCAGUCAUUGUCUCCCCUUGUGGUACUCUUGUCAGGUUGAAGGGAAGCAUUCUCCGGAUGGCUUUCCUAGAUUCUACAGGGUCUCUCCUCCCUUCUGCUUUUGAGCCAUGGUACGAACCCAAUGCCCCGGCCAACGGAGAGGAGCGGGACAAGGUCCGUAAGAGACGGCCGGUGUCUGUCUCCCCAUCCACAUCCCAGGAACUGAAUGAAAACCAAUAUGCUGUGCUGUGCUCUGAGAAACAGGCCAAAGUCAUAGCCCUGCCCUCUCAGACCUGCGUAUUUAAACACAACAUCACCGAAACAUCUUUUGUGCUGCGGGCAGAUGUGGUUCAGAUAAACACUGGCAUUUGUGUAGCCUGCUUCUGUGCCAAUGGACACAUCAUGACCCUCAGUCUGCCAGGGUUGAGACCACUGCUGGAUGUAAAUUACCUACCCCUGACAGAUAUGAGGAUAGCGAGAACGUUCUGCUUCACCAACCUCGGCCAGGCCUUGUAUCUGACUUCCCCUACUGAGAUCCAGAGGAUCACCUACAGCCAGGAGGUCUGCGAGAACUUACAGGAGAUGCUAGGUGAGCUGUUUACUCCGGUGGAGACGCCUGAAGCUCCUAACAGGGGAUUCUUUAAGGGUCUGUUCGGAGGAGGAGCACAGUCUCUAGACAGAGAAGAGCUCUUCGGCGAGUCCGGAGCCGGAAAAGCACCACGCAGUCUCGCUCAGCACAUUCCAGGUCCUGGGGGUAUAGAAGGCAUGAAGGGGGCAGCGUCAGGCAUCGUGGGUGAUCUCGCUCGAGCUCGGAUAGCGUUGGAUGAGAGAGGGCAAAAACUGAGCGAGGUGGAAGAGCGGACGGCAGCCAUGAUGGCCAGCGCUGACACGUUCUCCAAACACGCUCAUGAGAUGAUGCUAAAGUGUAAGGAUAAAAAAUGGUACCAGUUCUGAUCUCCGCAAGACAGCAGAGCCCAAAGGGACUCAGGAGUUCUCCUACACAGCCUUGUUCAUCCGUAAUCCUUCUCCCACUCCCAUCUUUAUCUCUCCUCUGCUGGACCAGUGGGAUCCCUCGCUCUUUCCUAGCACAAUAUUAAAUACAGUCUGCUUACAGAACUGCGGCCCCAAUCUGAGGAAUACCAUACCACGAUGGCGUCCACUCUUCCGUUUUUGUUUGUUUGUUUAAUAUCGCCAAUCCCCUCUCAUGGCGGCUGGGCUUUGCACGCCCUGGAAUUCCAUUUCUUCUCUCAGUCUGAAUUGUUUUUGUGCUGUUGUUUUUUUUGCAAUCACGUCCUGCCUCCCACAUCGGAGAGCAGUAAGUAGUCAAAAAAGACGGACAACUAAAAAAUACAAUAACUAAA